AUGUCAAAGUCGGCUGUUGUGUUUGGCGCUUCUGGCGUGACAGGCUGGUCUUUCGUCAAUGAGAUCCUUUCCGAUUACCCAAAGAAGGACACCUGGAAGCGCGUCCAUGCGCUGACAAACCGCCCGCUUUCUCCGUUGCAAACACAAUGGCCAGAGGACUCGCGCCUCAACCUGGUCUCCGGCCUUGACCUACUCUCCCAUAGCCAAGAAAGUCUUGAGAAGGAGCUGGCAGAGAAGCUACCACAAAUUGAGGAGGUGACACACGUCUACUACCUUGCAUACAAAGCGGGCCUAGAUGUACAAAAGGAAAUGGAAGAGGCCGUGGAGAUGUUUUCCAAGGCAGUGGAAGCCAUGGAUAAACUAUGUCCGGCUCUGGAAUAUGUCGUGCUGCAAAUUGGCACAAAAGUUUAUGGCGUCCACCUCCUCGCUGCGCUCCCUUGGUACGACGAGACCGCUCCCCCAGGCACGACCGGACCUAAACUUCCUCUACCUCCACUCAAAGAAACCUUUCCCCGUAUACCCAGCCCGUACGCCGAGAUGCUCUUUUACCACGCACAAAACGAUUGGAUCGCCGAAUACGCCAAGCACAAGAAGUGGAGCUGGAUUGAGACUCGUCCAGAUAUCAUAGUCGGCUAUGUUCCGAACCAGAACGCAUACUCGCUUGGUACGACAGUCGGUCUCUACCUAGCGCUGUGGAAAGAAUUGUAUGGUGACGGAGCGGAAUGCCCAUUCCCUGGCACGGAAGGAGUCUGGAAGGCGCUGAGUAACGAUAGCAGCAGUGAUAUGAUCGCUCGCCAGACUAUCCAUCUCACCCUUUCCGCCAAGCCGAAGAAGGGAGAAGCAUUCAACAUCGCUGACUCAAAAACACCCUCAAACUGGGAGGAGAAGUGGCCUGUACUAUGCUCCUACUUCGGCCUCAAGGCCAGUGGACCUGCGCCCACUCCCAUCGACAUACGCAAGUUUAUCAAAGACAACAUGGAGACCUGGCUGGCCAUGGAGAGAAAGUAUGACUUGCAAAGUGGACAUGUAGAUGGUGGUCGUGGCAUGCAGAUUGCCGAACAAAUGCUCAUGACUAAGUUUGACUUUGACAGGCACUUUGACAUGAGCAAAACGUACGGAACGGGGUUCAUGGAGGAGCGGGGGACGAAGGAGUCGUGGGGAGUUGUGUUUGAUAGGAUGAGGAAGGCGAAGAUCAUACCAUAG